AAUCAAUAAUUUUGCAAUUUAUUCAAAUCAAAAACCGUUACUAAGCCAGCCACCAGAGAGAAAGCUUUCGCGGAAGCUUUUUCUUCGUUAUUUCUCAGCGGUAACUUCCGCUUAUCUAACGCUCUAUUCUGCUGGAAACCGCUAGCACUCGCUCCCACUCUCUUUGCAACUCGAUAUUCCUCCGUACCACUUACAACACUGCUUACUGCGCAGGGCUGGCAUAAUAAAUCAGCUGUCAGCUGGAGUAACUGUGUCUUUUUUUGUUGUGCGCUGGCUAAAAAGAAAAAAUCGCAGAACCAGUGUUUUGCUGGUCAAAUUAGACUCAAAACUCUAGCGGAUUGUCGAGCACAGGGAGGAGCAACCGAAUUUGAAGAUGGCUCAGAUGGGCAGCUGGAUUUUCAACCUGCUUUUGCUGGCCUUUUCGAUGGCGUCAGCAUAUGCCGACGUCACAACGCAAAACGCGCUGUUGGGUGGAAAUAAAAAACACAAAGACAGCCCAGAUAAAUCAGUUGGCGGUGCUAUAUCGCCGAAUUUGGUGUGCCACAAAAUGUUGAGGCACGUUUUCGAAAAUGCCACGCCGCGGGAUGAACAACAAGCGGGUGUUUUUGAGGAGUACAAACCACCACCGGAUACAGUGGAGCCCCUGGAGGAGGAGGCCUACCUCUGGAACUGCCUGCAGGCGUGUUGCGAAAAGCCCCGGAAUGCCACCAGCGGCUGCAAUGUGGUUCUGGUCUUUAAGGAAAAGUGCUACCACAUUCGGUGUCAGAGCAACGAAGCCUGCUUGCCCAAGCUCAGAGUCCGGAUGCCCAACGAAAAGGUUCAGAUGGUUCUGGUGAAUCCCCUGGGCGAUGCCACCUGGCCACAGCUGCUUAAGGCGGAAGCCGCCAAGCAGAAUGCCGAGAUCUUGCCCUACGAUGAGGCGGCUCUGAAUUUCUGGAAACAGCCGAGGAGACUAGGAUACCUGGCUCGUAAUCAGGAAACUCCCGUUUAUGAGGACGAAGAUUUCCCAUUGGCGGACAAACGGAUGAACCAAAUGAUCUUCCAGCCCGACGAAAACGAUGUGCUGGCCAAUGAGGAGCUCGGUUACUACGACACGAAUGCCAAGUUCACCACUUGUGACGUGGAGACACCUUGUCCGCCGCCUCAGCAAUGUGUUCCUCUGCAGCCGAAUGCGGUGAGAGGUGUGUGCACUUGCCCAGAGGGCUUUGUGUGGAAUAAACAAAGGAAGUGCGUGAUGGCAGCGGUCCCCUAUAGCUCCUAUCUCACCAGCAAUGAGGCAGGGCAACAGGAAACAGCGGCUAGUGAAAACUCACCAGAGGUAUCUGCUCCACCUUUGAAAACCGAGCAGAACAAAGAUAUUGUAGUCUCCGUGAUGUCCAAGGAAGUUCGGUUGCCAGAGCAGGAGGUGACCCUUGCAGCGUUCACAGUUCCCGAUGAGCAAACCAGUGAUACCAAGUACAAAUAUCUUUGGACUCUCAUUUCCCAGCCCAAAGGUCCUAUGAAUGGCACAAUAUCAGACCAGAGCAAGUCCAAAGUAAAACUAUCCAACCUCUCUGAGGGUUUGUACACGUUUAAGGUCACUGUAACUGGUGACAAUGGUACCUUUGGCGAAGCUACAGCAAAUGUGACAGUGCUUCCCGAGAACCGAAUCAAUCAGCCACCACAGGUGAUAAUCUCACCCAGGGAACAGAUCAUCCGGCAGCCUACAACCAAUGCCAUACUCGAUGGCAGCACUAGCACGGAUGACGACAAGAUCACAAAUUGGCACUGGGAGGUGAUCUCAGGACCGAUUGGUUAUCAACCCGUAUUGCCAGAAGUUAACACCCUCCAACUGGAUCUCACUUCACCCGGAAACUACACCUUCAAGUUAACCGUAACUGAUUCGAACAACGUGACCAACUCCACCACUGCCACUAUAGCCGUUCUAAAGGAAACCGAUUAUGCUCCAGUGGCCAAUGCCGGGGAUGCUGUGAUCCUGUAUUUGCCCAACAAUAAUGUCACUCUGAAUGGAACAGCCAGUUCGGAUGAUCACGAGAUCGUAGCUUGGGAGUGGACCAAGGAUGCCAGCGAUGAAGCCAAGGCUGUGGAUAUGCAGAAUACAAGAACUCCCUAUGUUCAGCUGUCCAAUCUGGAGGAGGGCAUGUAUACGUUUGUGCUCAAAGUCACCGAUGGCAGUGGUCAAUCCAGUACGGCCAAGGUUCAUGUUUUCGUAAAGCCACCAACUAAUUCGCCACCAGUAGCUGAGGCAGGAACAAAUACGACCACUAGCUUACCCAUCAAUUGGGUGCUUCUGAAUGGUUCCGAAUCCAAGGAUGAUAUUGGCAUCAAGAGUUACUUAUGGAGGCAGCUAAGCGGGCCCAAUAAUGCUGUUAUUUUGAAGUCGAACUCAUCGAUUGCCAAUGCCACUUCCCUAACACUUGGUCUCUAUGAGUUCGAGUUGAGUGUAUCCGAUGAGAAUAAUAACACGGCUACGGACACCACCUGGGUGAAGAUUGUACAGGAACGCAAUGCUGCCCCAAUAGCCAACGGCGGAGGAGAUCAUACCAUUACUCUGCCAGCCACUGCCAUCUAUUUCAAUGGCUCCAAAUCGUGGGAUGACCUGGCGGUGGUCAAGUAUCUUUGGACACGCGAUGAACACAGUCUGGCAGCCGGUGUCAUUGUGGCAGAUACCGACAAAGAACCAGUGAUGAUUUUGACUAAUCUAGUCCAAGGCCGCUAUGUUUUUACAUUGACUGUGAGCGAUGAUCAAGGUUUGACCAGUUCGGAUACUGUCAGCGUGAAUGUACAUCGCGAUCCGAAGCUAUUGAACUUGGUCCAAAUGACCCUGUCCAUGGGCAUAUCCGUUCUUUCACAAUCCGAACUGGAUUCAGUGGUGCAGAAACUGCAGCUAUUGCUGGGUGAUGAGAACAAGAUUCAGGUCAGAGAGCUCAAAUACGAUCUGCAUACGGAUGCUACUGUCCUGGUCUUCUAUGUGAAUGAUGGCCAAGGAAAAGCAUUGGAUGGCUUGCAAGUGGAGCGUCAGUUGAGGACUCAACUUCAGAAGGAUGCAUCUAUACUGGGUGCAUUCGCUGUGGAUAUAAGAACCACCCUUUGCCAAAACGAUUGCUCUGGUCAUGGAACCUGCAAUCCCAUUAGCAGAGCCUGCAUAUGUGAGGCAUUCUGGAUGCCAUCGGCAGGUUACUUCUUCAACAACCAGGAAGCCAAUUGUGAUUGGUCCAUUUUAUAUGUGUUUGUUGGAGUGAUAGUGGGAUGCCUUUUGCUGUCCGGAGUAUUUUGGGGCAUAGCCUGUGCCUGCAGACAAUCGAAAAAGCCACGUCUUCGCCAGAAAGUACAAAAAUAUUCAUUAAUUGGUAACAAGGAUGAAGAAGCGGCCAACUAUAACCGUAACACAUCGCUGACCGAAUCAGAGACUGAUUCCGAUGUCCUUUUCGAGACCCGCACCAAGUCCAAUGGCCUGGGCAAGCACAAGUCGCACAAUUCUCACAGUCAUGGACAUGGAAGUAGUGGAGGCAGCGGUUCUUCCGGUCGGGAUAAUCACAAGUAUGGAACACAAAAGUUGGGCCGCAAGAUCAAGGCAUAAACGUAUAUAUGCAUCAGGAUUAGGAGAUCUAUAUAUAUAUAUAUAUGUGUGUGUAUUAGUCGAUCUACUAUACCGUGUGUGUGAUAUCUAUUUGUAUUUCUAUAAUGUACUCGGAUCUUUUGUACUUUCCGCCAACUCGUCUGAAGUGAAGUUGUCUAUGAGUUCCUUUACGUGCAAUUAUGUUUAAGUUAAGAGUUAUUGUUUAUAUUACUUUAAGCUGCUGCUGUGCAAUAAUUAUUAUUAUUAUUUUUAGCGUUUAAUUUUACAACAUUUUUACUGCGAUACUUUUUAUGUGUGUGUAUAUAGACAUAGCUGUUCACAAUCAAUGUAACAAACGACAUGUAACUGCUUAAAAGUGCAUUAUUACCCACAUUAAACGAAACCAAUAGAUGAAA